AUGGCUUCAUCCAAGAAUGUCGUCUUUGAUAUCGUGGGCACACUUGUGGCCUAUGACCAUCUAUACAAUGCAAUUGACCUCCGACUAGGCGACCGUCUCCGUGCCGAGGGUGUCAAGCCCUGGCUUCUAGGAUCUGCCUGGAUGGAGACCACCGAACGCGAAUAUACCAAUCUCAGUAUUUCGGGGAGAUAUGUCCCAUACGCAGAGAUAUUGGAGACGCUCUUUUAUCGCGUUCUCGGAAUGAUGGGUGGAAUUGAGAAUCCUCGCCAAUUUGCUUCUCCCGACGAUCUCGCGUGGAUAAUGGGAGAAUACCAGAAAUUGACGAUGCGUCCUGGAGCAGCAGAAUGCGUGAAGAAGCUUCGCGAUGCUGGAUUCACAGUCUGGGCAUUUACUGCUGCUGACUUGAAGCGUGUUGGUGGUUACUUCCAGCAGGCAGGUGUUGAAUUGCCAGCUGAGAACUUGAUCUCUUGUGACUCUGCUGGAGUUGGGAAGCCAGACUUGGCUGCGUAUAAGCCUCUAUUGGACAAGUUGACUUCGGAUAACCAGGGAAAGACGCCUUGGUUUGCUGCUGCCCAUCUGUGGGACGUAUCUGCCGCACGUAGAGCUGGAUUCAAAGGAGCAUACUGCACAGUGCUAGAGCAGGAGGCACUGACGGACCUCUUUGGAGAUAUGGAUGUCAUUGAUGAUACUCUACCUGGAAUGGCUGAUAAGAUCAUUGCCCAUCAGGCAGGAAAUUAG